CUCAGAUUUCCGUCUCCCGUACACGUUUCACGCCAUCUUGAAAUUACUCCCCGAGUUUGUCAAGUCGCUCGCAAAUUAAAAAAGCACGGCAACGAUUUCCAUUAUUGUUUCGGUGACCCGGUAUGAGCGGUUCCCGUAACAAGCCGGCAGUCAGCAAAGGGCAGACGGAGGCAGACACCGGCCGGGAGACGAACCAUAGAGACAAAAAGACCGGAGGAGGAAUGCUGAAGAAGCUGAAGUCGAGGCGCAGCCAAACGGAUAAGUGGCCUGUGGUCACAGAGGAUGAACUCCGGGCUUUGGGAAGAGAUAUUACCCCGGACCAUGUCCUGGGUCUCAGGGCUGUCACGGGAGACUAUCUUUGCAGACCUGAAGACAACAUCUUCAACAUUGACUUUACACGUUUCAAAAUCAGAGAUCUUGAGACGGGGACAGUACUGUUUGAGAUUGCCAAACCUCCAAACGCUGGUCCUGUGGAGAAUGAUGAUGAGAGUGGAGACGCGAGUGCAGGACGUUUUGUCCGAUACCAGUUUACACCAGCCUUCCUAAAACUGCGCACAGUUGGUGCAACUGUGGAAUUCACAGUGGGUGACCGACCCAUUAACAGCUUUCGUAUGAUUGAAAGACAUUACUUCCAGGGUCGCCUCCUCAAGAAUUUUGACUUUGACUUUGGCUUUUGCAUUCCAAAUAGCCGCAACACAUGUGAACACAUUUAUGAGUUUCCCCAGCUUCCAGAUGACCUCAUUCGCCAAAUGGUGGAGCACCCUUAUGAGACCAGGUCUGACAGUUUCUAUUUUGUGGACAACAAACUCAUCAUGCACAACAAGGCAGACUAUGCCUACGACGGCGGUCUGUAGUACCUAAAAGGAAAAUGUGUGAAAUACCUCCCAGGGGAUAGAUUUCCUGGAUUACACCCCUCCGAAAGCUUUGUUUUUGGGAGAACUGAAGUAUUCCCUCCUUGUUGGACAUUGUCAUGAUAGUUAAAAAAAACAAACAAAACAAAAAAAACAGUCGACCACAUCUGCCUUCACAUGAAAUCAUGGCUCCAUUCAUUGGUUCUUCACAGAGCUUUGUUUCUGGGACUCACAGGAUUCUGUUGUUCAAUAUUUUUCCGUUAUAUUCGACUGAAAUCUUUGUUGUUUGAUUCGUCAUACGAGUAGCAUGUUACCGCUUGAACACUUCUGCCUUAAGUUUUUUGCUGUCUCUGCUGGAAAGGGACACUUUGACUCACAGACCUCUCAUGGCAACGCCUCUAGACUGUGUUCGUUCUAAUUUCAUUUACUUAAAUGUGUAGAUAUUAUCAUUUAAACUACCUUUUGAAAGUGACAAUUGCGUUUCCAUUAUGGAAAAGCGAGCGGUAACUAGAUGUUUUACAGUAUUGUUUGUAAUAGAUGAUCAUGUAGGACUAGUUAAUAAUCUGAGUUUAAUCUCUCCUUUGAAAUAUCUGUUGUGAAUCUUUGCAACUGUACGUGUCAGAUAUUUAAGCUUGGUGUCUAUUUUGUAUUGUGUAUAGUUAAGUUGAUGAAUCUCCUUUUGAUUCAAGAACAGCAUGCUCUCUUUUCAUGAUGUCAGACGUCAUCCUGCUAAAGUGUCUUACGGUUUUAUUUCAAUAACUUGGUGUUAACACUGGUUUGUUCUUUACGACACGGCUAUUUAGUCCCUUGGGGUGUGUCUCUCUGGUUUAUUUGGCACAACAGCACUGUGAAUCCUACCUUUUAGCCAGCUCAUUUAGCUAGCUGAAGUGUGGUAUGCCUAUUAAACUGGUGGCUGAGUCUACGUUGUGCUGUUCUCAGUUUACCAGUAAAAUAUCCCAGUAGCACACACCUAGACAGUACAGAGUGAUGUAGCUUGGCAGAUGUAUUUUUAAUAAGGCGCUAUGGUAGCUACAGAAACUCGUCUCUUUUUCUACUCACUGAGGUCCUGUUUAAUGGAUUAUUCUGGUGAUUUUGCAGAUUAUACUAGGAUUUACUGCAUUAAUUUCAAUGCUAUUAGACAUAAGCAUACAGUCUAAUGCAACUUUGCACUACAGCCUUGUAACAAGUCCAACCUUAACUAAUUGUGUACCUCACAGGGGAGUUUGAUUAUGUGUUGAAUUAUAUUCCAUGUACCGACAGAUUGGGAUGCCAGUUCAUUGAAACCACCAACAAUGAAGAGUUUGAAAUUCUUGCAAUGUAAUUUCUAAAUAUACACGGUCCAAAUCAUUAGCUGGUUUCAGGACUUUUCAGAUUGUAUAAAGAUGAAUAGAAAUCAGCAUCUAGGCCUAAGGCAGCGUGCAAAUCGCUGUUCAACACAUAACUGAGCUGGACUUCCUCUUUCUGCGUGUUGUAGUGCUGGUUCCAUGUGCCUUGAGUCCAGGUGAUGUUUGAUUUUCUUUCUAUUAUUAUUGUAAAGAACCUGUGUGUUUCAUCCGUCUGUGAUACAAAGACAGUAGUAUCUUGCAGUGCUGCCUUGUUUAAAAAAGAAAAAAGAAUGUUUUACUGUCUUUGAAACACCUAUUGAUAUCAUUAUUUACGCUGACAAAUUUUACAGUGGGAAAUCAUCGGUGACAACACAUAUAAACCUCAACAAGUGGGAUAUCAGGCAGACACUGGUGACUUAGUAACUGGGAAGACUGUACCAUCUGUGUCAUACAAUGUCACUCAGUGGUGUUCUAUGUAAAUGCCUUGAAAAGCAGGUACACUCACUUUGAAUAUCUGCACAAAAAAGAAUACAUUUUAUGGAUUUAUUUUGUCAUCUGUUGCAUGGACUUUUUUUUCCAUUGGUUAAUUUCCCUAAUGACGCAUACAUUUCUUAUCAAGGUUGUUGUAAAUAAAAAUGUCUGACAGCAAAAAA